CUUCAGCUGCAAGGAGACUUUUCGUUACAAUUUGAGGACUCGGACUUUGACAAUGCGCUGUGUGAUUUAUCAGAUAUAGCUGAACUACCAAAGGGUCGUGCAAUCUUGCACAUAAAGUGGAAAAUGCCUGUCACUGUAAGUGAACUGUGUGACACUCAGUCUCUUGGAUCUAUAUCGUCUCUGGAUACGGCAAGUUUAGGUUCUCCAGGGCGGCCUUCACCUGACUUUUCGCCUGGCUGUUCACCUAGCCCUUCUACCAACCCUUCACCAGACCACCCAAAUGACCAAGAUGAAGCCUCACUGGAGGAACAGAGACUGCUUCUAGUGGAGGCAUCCAAGAAGGCAAGAUUAGAUGAGUCUCUCAUCAAAGAGAAAAUGGAUUUGACCUUCUCACUGAGGCGAAAGGAGGUUGUCGACAAACAGCCCAUGGUGCAAGAUUUGAAAGAUAGAUGGCCAGCUUUGUUCUUUAAAGACCAGAUUGGUGAGGAGUUUUUCCGUAUUACAAAUAAAAACUUAGUUGGAACAUUCAGAGCUGCAGUUGAAAAAUAUGCCCCCCUCCUGCUGAGAUUGUACCGUGCCCGAAAAACAGAGUUUGGCAAGGAUCUGAAUGAGAUACUGAGAAGGCUUGAUGAUGAGACUACCAACAUUGUAAGACACCGCAAGGAAGCAGCCAUGAAAGGACUUCCUGUGUUCCUACGUGAAGAUCCCAAUCAACUUUUCAAACAGUGUCUUGAAACUGAUUCAGAUGACGUGGCUGCCAAGGGAGUCACUGUGGGAAUUCUGUAUGUCCUUGAGGACUGUGUGGCUGAAGCCUCAUCUCCCAAGAUUCAAAACAUCGCAGUCAUCUUGGAGGAAUCAAUAGUAGUAGAGGACCUUCCGGAUACUCCCACUGCCUUGGCCUACCUUCUUGGCCUCCUUUAUGCACUCAACAUUUCUUAUCCUAAGCACCUUAAGUACACCUUUGAAACACUUCAGAAGGUUUUCAUGGACAUUGACCCAAAAUGCUCUAACCGUGUGUGAUCCCUAAAGAAAAAGCUUGGUCUUGCCUAACAUUGCAAAAAAAAAAAAAAGUAAUGCUCAUAGUCAUCUCUGACUAAUUGCUGGCUAGUAACUGAAAAGUUUGUAGAAUGUUACAAACAUUGUUUUCUACAUAACGGGUGUUCAAGCAAUGUUUCUGCAACGUCAAACAUUUUAACAUUCCCUUAAAUUCUCAAGUCUUUGUUUCAGCUGGGAGGCUAGUAUUUGUGAAAUGCCACACCCAUUUAUAUUGUUCUCUUAGUAAAACCUAUAUAUACUGUAGGCUUACAAUGUGAAAUUUGACAUGGAAUAUUUGCUAGAACAAAAAAUGUUACUGCAGAAUGUUCUUUGUUCUUUGAAGACCUGUACAUUUAAAUACUGGUCAAGACCAAGAAAAUCAUUCUGAAAAGAGGCCUCUUUUCUGUCAUUUUCUUCUUUUAAUAUUCUGUCUUGAUAAUUUGAAAAUAAAUUGUCUAAGUGUA